UUUUCGCCGUGUUCGUCAUCAGGAUCAUGCAAACACGAACAUGACCGCUAAAGCCACAUGCCGAGCAGUAUAGUGCGCUUGAGCGAUUAAUCGCCGGCCAUGUGGCGUGGACAGCAUUUGUAUUCGUUAGUGUUUGAGAUUGACAGAUAGAUAAGUGCAUUCUUUGAAUGAGAUUCUUACUCGCCAUAAUUCAGGACCACAGACACCCACCAGAGAAGUGUGUCGUUCAAUCGCGUUCGAUCACCCUGAUUUCAGCUUGCACAUCUUGCAACUUGCUCGCAGCCAACCCAACGAAUCUUAGAUCAAAUUUAUGCUAAAGUAGCUCUGCCCUCAAAAACUAGAUUUGGGUCUCUUCUGUGGUCUUCUGACUGGCGGCGUUCUUCACACAUAGCUACCUAGGUAUGUAUGUGCCAAGUCCUAGCCAUCGCCGUUGGGCCUACACGCGCAAACAGAUUACUGUCAAUGUUGGUAACGAAAGAGUUCUUUGCUUUUAUUUUCGUUCAAUAUACAAGUUUUCGUAUCAAUCUGUUGUCCUGAGUCUACAAUAUGGUUACUCGCUUUGUCAAGAGAUCUGCGUCGUGUCUUCACUAUACGGAAACUCUCUACGCACCAUAGAUGAUUUCCACCACGUCACAUUCGUUAUGUCUUUGAGACACUACAAACUAUUCUUUACAUGUAUACUCCAAACAAAUUUUUGAUAUGCAUCUGGUUUCCCAAUUGAUCGACGGAUGAAACUCUACGUCUUUCCAGCCGCUUGCUGUGCCGCAGCGCCAACUGAAAAUCCUUCACUAACCCAAAGUAGCCACAACAGCGCGUACGCUUGCAUUCAGAUGGACUAUGCAUUCUUUUCACGCUCGAAUAUCGGAUUCUUGCCGCCAAAAGUAUCGAUCAUUUCGCAACGGGCCAUACUUCCGGGAUGGACUUGCGAUCAGGUUGCUUUUCCUCGGCAGCGGUUGUAUCACGGGCGUCAGUAAGGAAGAACAUACAGCGAGGCGUGUCCUAGUCACUGUUGGUCAGUCAAAAUCCUUUGAACAAACAUACACCUCACUCGUACAAAUUCCGUGACAUGCGCGUAGUUUCAAGGCGCAAUGUCUCAAUCUUCGCCGAUACAUUUGUUUGACCACAGCCACCCACGGCCUUUCCCACCACCUUCUUACAACGCAGAGCCCCACCAAACGAAAUCCUCGCUUGACAUUACGCAAAGACUGGAACGUAAUCUUGCCCAUCUCAAUGCGUCGAACAAUGUUUACAAGAGAUGGUCUUAUGAGAUUAUCAGUUGGUCAAUCAGUGCGAUUUGCAUGGCUGCAAUAGUUGGGAUCCUAGCAUAUUGUAGCAAUAAGGCUUUAGUGCUGUCGUCGUUGCAUCUUACAUCAAUAUCGGUACUCUCGAAACUUACUUCGGCUGCGUUGAUCCUACCUACGUCUGAAGCUCUUGGGCAGUUGAAGUGGAGUUGGUUCAAUGGAAAGAAGUCUAAAGAGAUCUGGGAUUUUGAAAUUUUCGACAAAGCUUCGCGAGGACCUUGGGGUUCAAUAAUGCUCUUACUGCGUACUAAGGGCCGAUCACUAGCUGCUCUAGGGGCUGUACUUACUGUGCUCUUGCUUGCAAACGAUACCUUUUUCCAACAAGUGGUAGACCUUCCUGAACGGUGGGUACUACAGGGGAAAGGCUCGAUCGCGAAAGUCGUGCGUUACGAUCCAGAUUCCCUGGUGGAAUUAAGGGAUCAGGUCCGGUAUCUACAGCAGGAACAAUACGUGCGACCUCUGCUCCAGCAAUUCUUUUAUAACAACGGCACCCAGCCGGUGGCCAUGGGCAGCAGUACGCGACCCGAAGUUCCUGUUGCAUGCCCUACGAGCAAUUGCACUUUCCCCGACUUCCAUACUCUGGGUACGUUUUCCAGAACAAAAAAUAAUCGAACAUACCACAUUGCAUCACGUCGCGUGUGUAGUAGAUGUACCGAUAUCUCGGAUAUACUGGAAUAUGAUUGCAAAUCACGACCGCUGGACUGGAUAGGAAAUCUGACGCUCUAUGAAUCAAAGGAAGGCCAACCACUGUACCCCAACGGCACAGUAUGUGGCUACUUCGUAAAUUCAACAAGCGAUUCUGCCACCCUUAUGUCAGGAUACACUACCACAGCUAUGAAUUCAUCACAAGGAAGCGCGCCAGCUGGUGAGGCUCUUCUACUACGGAUGAUGCCACUUACCACGACGUUUACACGGAAUCUAUUAUGGGGCGGAGCCCUGAAGUUCAAGGAUCUACGCAACCCAAUCCUAGAUGCCUUGAUAGUUGCCGCCGAAGACGGAUACUCUGGAGUUCGCAGGGGCGAGCCGCCUAUCGCAAAAGAAUGUGCAUUGACUUGGUGCAUCAAGCGCAUAAGAUCAUCAUAUCACUAUGCUACCCUCGAAGAGGAGGUCGUGUCUGUUGUCUCGAACUCAACUCCUGGCCAAAACCCGUGGUGGUUCGAUAUGAGUGGUUCCGAUGACUCAUACGCUAUGGUUGGUUACUUCGAGGACGUGAACAUUGACCUUCCGGCAGAGAAUCAGACUUAUGGGACGUCCAACGAAACGCAUAAUCGGAUCUUGAACAAUUUCGACGAUAUCUUUCCUUCUUUCAUGACCGCAGUGAGUGACACGGAGAAGCCCAAUUGGAGAGUAAAGGCAUGGUUAUACAACCACCAGUAUCACCGCCCAGUUAAACAAAACCCGUGGAUCCCGCCCCAAAACAUCACGAUAUACAUGGAACGCAUGGCAACCGCCUUGACCAACGCAUUACGAUCAUCAUCUUCCAGUGAUAUGGUUGAAGGCCCAGCUUACGCUAUUGAGACGUAUGUCCAUGUUAAAUGGGCGUGGCUGACGUUCCCAUUCCUCAUAUUAUUACUCAGUCUCAUAUUUCUCGUGGCCACCAUACGCAAAACAGCUACUGGACUAGGGAUUUGGAAAACCUCGACUAUGCCGACUUUGCUAUACGGUCUACCUAAAGACAUGCAGAAGGAUUUCACGCCAUCAUUCACACAGACAAGUGCAAAAUCAUCACUUGAAGAACCAAAACAUGUCAGGAUUCGAUUACAUCCGGAGAAAGGUUGGCGAGUCUCGGGGCAGCCAGUUAGCCCCCGUUCGCCAGCCGUGAUAUUCAGAUCUAAUCAACCUCCGCCGGGAUGGAUCUGA